CCACAUGACAGUAGCUCUUUUGCGCAGCACGCGCAAGGUGGACGUUUGCUCUACACCGGGAAAUGCGUUAAGGGAAGGAAAGAGACCGCCGGAGAUUAUUAUUAACAUUAUUUAAAAAUGGAAGGUCGAAGGAGUGACGUUUAGACCCGUGUUAAGGUAAAGACCUUAACAUCAUCUUUAGUGUCUGUGUGAGGUGCGGAGGAGGAGAAAGAGAAACCGGUGUAAAAAUGGCAGCUCGGAGUUGACUUUUCAAACCGGCGGAUGACACCUGAGGCAACAACACCGGCAAACUUUUCACCGAGAAGCCUGAGGAUUCUGUCAUCUAAAGGCCAUGGCGCACAACGACCGCGUUGCCAUCCUGGACGACGACGAGGAAGAGCUGAAAAGGAACGAAGCUCUUUCUGACGACUUUAACCGCCUCCAUUUGGAGGUCCACCAGAGUGACCCCACCUCAAUAUCUCCACCCGAACCCGGUGACACCAACCUGGAACAACCACCCGUUCCCUUCUCCGAUCGCCAACUGGGCUGCUGUGAUCGCAUGUUCCUCCGGAUCAACCGCUACCUUCUGGUCUCCAAAGUGUUCUACUUCUUCUUCUACGCUGCCUACGGCUCGCUGCACCCUUUGCUAGCCGUGUUCUAUAAGCAGCUGGGGAUGAACCCUUUCCAGUCCGGCUUGGUAGUGGGGAUCCGCUACUUUAUCGAGUUCUGCAGCGCCCCCUUUUGGGGCGUUGUGGCCGACCGGUACAGGAAAGGAAAGGCAGUGUUGGUGUUUUCCGUUUUCUGCUGGUUGGUGUUUAACUGUGGGAUCGGGUUUGUGAAACCAGCUUCAGUGAGCUGUAGGUUGGAGAAUCAGAUCACAACUACUCCUUUGGCUACAACCGUAACUACCACUAAUGGGACAUUAGCGCCAGUGGUAGUUUUCACCAAUGGGACUUUUAACUUAAAUAUGGCGUCCACCAGUGGGACUGUAGCGCCAUCUGUAAUUGCACCCAGUGGGACUGGAGAAACCACUUUAUCUAAUCCAUCAUCUAAUAACACUAGGCAGCGCAGAGACCUGAUUGGACAUUUCUCCAGUUUAUCCCUGCUGUCGUCCAAUCAGGAGUCAGCCUUCAGUUCUCAGCAUAGAGUCCGACGAGACACUAAUGUUAGCGUUAGCAUGGCUUCAGCUGUCCAGACCACUACUGCAGGACCUGAGCAAACAUUUACCACAGACGCUCAAUCCACAGCCUCCAGUAACAUGAGCUCUACCUCCACGCCUCCAAACCCCGGAACCACCACGACACCACCCAAACAUACUUUCUACUACAACCCCGACCAAGUGGAGGCCAUCUUCCUCCUAAUCCUGCUGGUCGUCAUCUUCGGAGAGUUCUUCAGCGCGCCUGCAGUCACCAUUGUAGACACGGUGACCCUGCAGUACCUAGGUACACACCGUGACCGCUAUGGGCUGCAGAGGAUGUGGGGUUCCUUGGGUUGGGGGUUGGCCAUGCUCUUCGUGGGCAUCUGGAUCGACCACACCCGCAUCUUCUACCCCAUCGACGGCGACGGAGACUGCCCCCUGCCCAACUACAAGAACUAUCAGAUUGCCUUCAUCGUCUUCGGUGUGUUCAUGGCGGCAGCGCUAAUUGUCUCCACGCAGUUCCAGUUUGAGCUGCAGCAGUCUGAUGAGCAGGAAGGGAGCGAGACCGACCGGGCCUCCUCAGUUGGGAUGGAGUUUCGCUACAUGGAACUGUUGCGGCUUCUGUGCAGUGUGCGCUACAGCACCGUGCUGUUCGUCGCCUGGUUCAUGGGCUUCGGCUAUGGCUUUGUCUUCACCUUCCUCUACUGGCACCUGCAGGACCUGAACGGCACGCCCACGCUGUUCGGAGUGUGCUCCAUCCUGAGCCACCUGUCCGAGCUAGCCGCCUACUUCACCAGCCACAAACUGAUCGAGCUGGUGGGUCAUAUAAGGGUGCUGUAUAUCGGCCUGGCAUGUAACACAGCUCGCUAUCUGUACAUCUCGUACCUGAGCAACGCCUGGACUGUGCUGCCUAUGGAGGUGCUGCAGGGCGUGACCCACGCUGCAGUGUGGGCGGCGUGUAUCUCAUACCUCAGCGCCGCUGUACCCCCCGCUCUCCGCACCUCAGCUCAGGGAAUCUUACAGGGUCUCCACCUCGGCCUGGGCAGAGGCUGCGGCGCCAUGCUGGGGGGCAUCCUGGCCAACGACUUUGGCCCCGCUGAGACAUUCAGGGGGAUUGGAAUGGCCUCGCUCGUCAUCCUCCUGCUCUUCGCCUUCAUCCAGAGUAUCACUGAAAAGGGCGAGGAGGAUAAGAUGCUGGCCGAGAACAUCCCUGUCCCCUCCAGCCCGGUCCCCAUAGCAACCAUAGACCUGAUGCCGAACUCCCAGGUCGUGACCCCGAGCGUCCACCAGGAUCCCACGCGUCCGGCCCGGAAAACACGGCACCAGGAGGAGCAGGAGGACGGCGCCAAACCCGCCUGGGCUCACAGUGUGUCUCCGUGGGUCACCAUCGCCUUCGCCAUGGUCCAGAUCAGAGAACUGAUCGUCAUGAAGAAGACGCACACGCACACCGAGGUCCAGCCUCUACAGGACCCAGAUAGCUGUCCUCCGAACUCACAGGACGAGAAUUUCCCUCCCGGUUCUCAUGAGAGUGCAGCGCAGGCCGAAGAUUCUCCCAAUGGAACACACACCCUGCCGGACAGGGCGUUGUCUCUGGGGGCCUCCACAUGAACAAAGCAUUCUCUCUCUCUCUUUCUCUCUCUAUCUCUCUCACACACACACUCACACAUAGACUCCAUAAUGACCAUGGAGGACUUAAAAACUUUUUUUUUUUUUAAUUUAUAGCAUUGAUUUUUAAGAUAGAGAGUGUGCAGUGUGCCGAUAAUCACUUACACAAACCUAUUGCGAUAUUUCAUCAUGAUAAUAUCGUAAACCAUGCUAAAAGAAUAAGGUAAGAUAAUUAUUGAGAUAUGACAGUCAGUAUUUGUGUGUGGCUGUAAGUUAUUUUCUGUAUUUGAAUGUCUGAUAUCAUUUAAAGAAUGAUGACUUUGGUUACUGAUUAUUGUCAUAAACACUGAAUACAUCAUUGUUUUAA